UCCCGUCAAUCGGGAGAGCCAAAAGGAAAACAGUUUAACUUAUAUUUGUUGAAUUUGAAUUUAUGUUUGUUUGUUUUUGUGAGUGAGUUUUUUAAUAGUGUUUUUUUAUUAAAAAUAUGAGUCGUAAGGAGUACAAUGGCCAAGAACCGACAAGUUUAACUCAACAGGGUCGUACUAGUUUUCUGAUAGAAGAUAUCCUGUACCGGCAAAAAAAUGGUGAAAUAAACCAAACUAGCGAAAAUAUCUACAACAAUUACAAUAUGACCAAACCAAAUAAUACAAUAAAAAUUCAGGAUAAUGCCAGUAAUCAUCCUAGAGCUUUUCAUGCUCCGAUCAAAUCUAUGGAUUCCGUUGCAAAAAUACAGGAAAAUCGAGUUUGUGUUAGUAAGGAAUAUAACGGGACUUCUGCUGGAUAUAUCCAGCCUAGUAUUGUACCCACUGGUGGGAUGGUUCCAGGGUUCCAAGCUCCGGAAACUGGAUAUAUCCAGGUUAUGGGAGCUUUGGGUGCUUACCUGGGUUCUCCGUAUAAAAAUAUGGGGGAUCCGUAUUUUCUAACACAGGGUAUUCCUUUUCACCCGACACUGUUUGGAAGUUCUGCCAGUGAAAUAUCUUUGAACGCUUUGAAACACUGUCGAAGGAGAAAAGCUAGGACAGUGUUUAGUGAUCCCCAAUUAACAGGUCUGGAGAAGCGAUUUUCUGCGCAAAGGUAUCUCUCAACCCCAGAACGAGUUGAACUUGCCAGCGCACUAAGUUUGAGCGAGACUCAGGUGAAAACUUGGUUUCAGAACCGAAGAAUGAAGCACAAAAAGCAGAUGAGGAAGAUGCAGGACGACAAAACGAAGAAGUCGUCAGAUAGUUCGGACAAGAAUAGAACGAAUUUAUCAAGUACUUCAGGCCAACAGGAUGCCUCCACACUGCCUCUAAGCGAAAAUCCACCAAGUAGUUCCGGCAUGUCGGAAGCAGAAACCAACUCAGACGUCAGCGACUGUGAAAGUGACAUAGACAUAGUUGGAGAUUCGAAUAAACAAAUGGGGUACUCUUUUAAAGGAACAUAGACAAUGUUUCACAGGUAAAAAAUAGUGCUGUGUUGACAUAUAGUAUCGUUUUCGACAAGAAAAAAGCUUAAACUGGAGUUAAUGAAGUUAUUCUACACAAAUUAUAGAGAUAUUCUGGCAAGUGUAUUUAAUUUUGAAAUUUAUAAUAAAGAACUUGUAAAAAAUUGUAAUAAUAUCUAUUAUUAUUAUUAUUAGUCGAGGAAUGUAUAGUAAGUAGAAGUUGGAACUGUAAUAUUGUACAUAGCAUAGGAUUAAUUUUGAAUUAGAAUAAAAAUUAAGAUAAUAUA